AUGAGCCUCGAAGCGCUACUCUGCCCGGCAGUCACCAAGUUGGAGGAUGCGUUCGAGAAACAGGAUGAGGAUAGAUACAUUAGCUGCUACGCGCCGACGGCUUGUUAUGUGGAGGUGAAGGAAAAGGCGGUGUAUGACGGGCCGGAUGAAAUUCGGGCCCUAUUCCGCAGCAGGGCCACCUUGGGAAACUGGACGACUGAGAUCAAAAACCGUAGAUUCAGCGGCGGUGAUGCCCUGAUUUGCUACACGUGCACCUACACGAUAUUUCUGGCUAGUGGCGGCAGUUUUACAGCGGAUAUUUUGCAGUAUUGGCGAAGAAUGGAUGGGGAAUAUCUGCUUGAAGUGGAGCAUUCCAUUACUGCU